AAUAGCCUUUCCUGCGACUGCGAGGUGUGUGAGUGAAGGAGUGUGAAAGUGGAAGCGUGCUCUGCAAGCGUUUUGGCCAUUUAGCGUGAGUGAAUGAGUGAAUGCAUGAUAGCAGUUAGGUAGUUUAGAGAUAUAUUUUCUUAUACUUGCUUACCUCCAGCAGGACUAAAUUUGUUCAUUAACACUACAAAGGGCCUUGCUAAACUGAAUCCAACGUCUCUCGUGGCAGCUUCCAGUUAGCAAACAGCCUGGAUUCAAUUACGGGUGCAGUUGUACCAGGUUUUGGCAGUUUGCAGUAAGGAAUUCGUUACAAUUUCUAGACAUGUCCGUGAGUAGUCAGAAGACCACCAGCCGUGCCAUUCCGUCCACCAGACGGGUGAUCAUCAACGAUGCGGCCCACAUGCCACAUGAUUACUCCACUACGCCUGGGGGGACUCUGUUUAGCACAACACCCGGAGGAACCCGCAUUAUCUACGACCGGAAGUUCCUCCUGGACUGCCGUAGCUCCCCUCUGGCCCGCACACCCCCCUGCUGCCUCCCUGACAUUCCAGGGGUGACCAGCCCCGCUGUAUCUACUGCCAACAAUGACACAGCCAAACACAAGCAGACCCUCAAUAAUAACUGCAGCCCCCCUGCAGAGAAGGGAGCAGGGGAAGAUGCCCAGUUUGAGAUGGACAUCUGAACUGCAUUGACACCCCAGAUCAAGAGGGAGAUGACAGCUGCUGAGCCCCCUUUUUUCCAUUAAGAAGAUAACUGUUCCAAAAGACACCACAUGAGCCAGGGGGUGUCCACCCUCUCUCAUCCACCUUAAAAAACCAGUGUUUACGCAACUGCUGUGCCUCAAUGCUGUAUUACUGUUCUACUGUACACCAGAGGUGUCGGGCCCGUUUCAGUACCAUCGGUAACAUGUCUGUCACCAAAUACUUUAUGCUCAUUAUGCCAUCUUCUGCAAGGGCAUUUUCUUCACUUGCUGUGUAAAACCAGCAGAGGUCUGGAAUGUUAUGGAGGGAAGUGACACUGUGUGGUCUGACCUGCUCUGUGAGGUAGUAGGAAGCAUUAUAGAGAAAGCUCAAAUCCCAAGCGCCAUUGCUGUCUUGCACCUCCUAGAGAGGUCUUUGCCUGACAAGGCCAAGUUUUACUUUGGGCCCUCCCUUACAUCUGGGCAACAAUGCCUUUUGUAUUGAUGAUAAUCUAUUUCUGUUCUGUUGAAAAGCAUUUUUCACAGUGUCAUUCAUGAGAAUGUAAUAUGCCUUUUUUAUUUUGUAAAUGCAGUGAAUCUCUGCACUCUGGGAAAGACACCUUGCCCUAAAGACAAAGUGAAGUGAAAGCACACAAAUAAAAACAAAGAAAGAA